AUGGCCAUUUUUAAGAUCCAGCAAAGAGUAAGGCGAGCGCCCCCGCCGCCGGCCGGGCCGCAGGUUCUGUGUGCCGCGCUGGGCAGGAGUCGGAACCACCCCCCGCCUCGUCUUGUCAGCAGCGGGGCGCCCCCUGACGAAGUGACGGUCAGCUACAGGCACGGCCUGCCCCUGCUCACGCUCACCCUGCCCUCCCGGAGGGAGCGCUGCCGGUUCGUGGUCAAGCCCAUGUCCGCCACGGUGGGCUCCUUCCUCCAGGACCUGCAGGACGAGGACAGGGGAGUGCGGAGCGCGGCCAUCUGCUCCACAGAUGGCAGUUUAAUUCCAGCUUCAACCUUGAUGGACAUUUUGCUAAGGAAUGAUUUUAAACUCGUCAUCAACAAGAUAGCAUACGACGUACGGUGUCCCCCGCAAGCGCCGCCGAGGGGGGAGCCCACUGCUGAGACGGAGCGCGUGAAGUCCCUGGUUCACAGACUGUUCACGGCCUUGCACUUGGAAGAGCUUCAGAAAAAGAGAGAGCACCAUUUGCUGCGCACGAUCAGCCACCUGAAGGCCCAGCUGCAGCCCCUGGAGCAGGUGAAAGCCAGGAUCGAGGCCCGCUCGGAAGCGCAGGCCAGCGGGCUGCUGUGGGCGGGGCUGGCGCUGCUGUCGGUGCAGGGCGGCGCGCUGGCCUGGCUCACCUGGUGGGUGUACUCCUGGGACCUCAUGGAGCCCGUCACCUACUUCCUCACCUUCGCCAACUCCAUGGUCUUCUUUGCAUACUUCCUCGUCACCCGUCAGGAUUAUGCGUACUCGGCCGUUAAGAAUAGGCAGUUUCUUCACUUCUUCCAUAAGAAAGCAAAGAAACAGCACUUUGAUGUGGUGCAGUACAACAAGUUAAAGGAAGAUCUCGCUAAGGCCAAGGCGGCCCUGGAGCAGCUGCAGCGCCCGGUGUCUGCAAAGGCACGGCGAGGAGCCCCUCCGUGAAAGGCUCUUCCAUGCUUUGGAUGUGGCGGCGUCUCUCUGUAGUGUGUGCAUUUUGCAACUUCUAGACUCCUGAGGGGCCGUGUGAGUGUUUCUACAGUCUUUUUGGUUAAUAAAAUCUGCCUGCAAAACACAGGAACUCUGACAUCUCACUGAAGGUCUGGGGGAAGGAAAAAGGACACAGACGUAGGGGGAGCAGCACAAGACAGAAGAGGGAGCAGACACAGAGUGACGGGAGAAGAGAAAGGAUCCAAGACAGGAAAUGGGUAUGGCUGCAGCGGUGGCGCAGCGGU